AUGGGCACGACGUCGACAAAGGACGUGAAGGGGACCGUCGACCAGAUUAUGCGGUGCGCCGACGUUGGCUUUGAUCUGGUGCGCAUCACGGUGGUGGGGAUGAAGGAGGCCAACGCGUGCCACGAGAUCCGCGACUCGCUCAACCGGAAGGGCUACGACAUCCCGCUGUGCGCCGACAUGCACUUCCAGCCAAAGGUCGCCAUCAAGACGGCCGAGGCGGUCGAGAAGAUUCGGAUCAACCCGGGCAACUUUGCGGACGGCCGGAAGCAGGACGAGGACGAGGUGUCGUACGAGACGGACGAGGACUUCCUGCGCGACCGCGACUACAUGGUCGAGGCCUUCACGCCGCUCAUCGAGACGUGCAAGAAGUUUGACAGGGCGAUGCGGAUCGGCACUAACCACGGCUCGUUGUCGGCGCGCAUCCUCUCCUUCUACGGCGACUCGCCGCGCGGGAUGGUGGAGUCGGCGAUCGAGUUCGCCGACAUGUGCCGCGCCCUCGACUACCACAACUUUGUCUUCUCGAUGAAGGCGUCCAACCCCGUCGUGAUGAUCCAGGGCUACCGGCUGCUGGCGGCAGAGAUGUACCGUCUCGGCUGGGACUACCCGCUGCACCUGGGCGUGACCGAGGCGGGCGAGGGCGAGGACGGUCGCAUGAAGUCCGCCAUCGGCAUCGGCACGCUGUUGGCCGACGGGCUGGGCGACACGAUCCGCGAUACGCGCGACGUGACCCUCUUCACGCGGCAGCGGGGCCGGCUGCCCGCCCAGCGGGAGGGCGACGUCCUCGACUACCGCGGGCUGCUCCACCGCGACGGCUCCGUCCUCAGCGCCCUCCCCCUCGCCGAGCUCUCGGCGCUCGGACAGAUGGGCUCGUUCGGCCGGUCCGCGCUGUUCAAGUCGCUCGGCUGCAAGCUGCUCGAGGGCGCGGACGGCGAGGCGAUCCCGCUCAAGGACGUCGCCACCUCGGACGCGCUGCUGCUGCGCGAGCCGCCGGCGCCCGACGACGAGUACUCGCGCGCCACGCUCGCCGCCCUCGCAAAGGGCGGGUUGCACUGCAUCGUGCCCGCCGCCGCCCUCGCCGCCAACCCGCUGCCCGGCGCCGUCGCCCUGGUCGAGCUUGCGGACCUCGAGGCGAAGCUGCUGCUCCGCACCGGCGGAGGCGCCGACGGCGGCGCCGCGACCAGCGCACUCGGUGACGCCGUGCCUGUGGCCGGCUUUUGGCUUUGCGUGCCGGCCGACCUAGAGGUUCGGUUGUGCUGCCCCCCUGCAGGCGACUCGGGGAGGCUCGCCGUGACGGUGCGUGGCGACGAGUCGGACGAGCAGCUGGCGACGCUCUGCGCGCGCGAGGCGGAGGUGGAUCUGCUGCUCGUCGAGACGCCGGAGCGCCUCUCGCGGCUGCACGCGUCGCGCCGCCUCUUCAACACGCUCAAGGAGAGGCGGGUCGACCUGCCCGUCGUCCACCACUUGCGCACGCCCGCCGUCGACUCGGCAGAGCUCGCACUCCGGCUAGGCGCAUGCAGGCCGGAUCGCUGCUGGGCGACGGGCUCGGCGACGGCAUCCUCAUCGAGGCGGAGCGCGAGGAGGGUCGACUUGUACGUGGGCAAGACGGUCGUGCAGCGCGCCAUCCCGAACGAGGUUGCCUGCGACGCGCUCGUGGAGCUCAUCAAGGAGCACGGGAUGUGGAAGGAUAAGGAGGAGGAGGAGGAGGAGGAGGAGGAGGAGGAGGAGGAGGAGGAGGGGGAGGAGGAGAGCAAAGCGGCGCUCGAGGCAAUGGCCGCCUAG